CCUAUUUUAGUCACAGCCGCGGCUCCGUGCCCGCCGGCGGCGAGCGGCAGCCCGAGUCCGUCCCGUCCGGGCGGCCGGGAAACUUUCCCGCGGCGCCGGGCAGAUCAGAUGAAGCUACAGAUGACAUGACCAAAGUCAAAACAAUGCAUGAACGGAUGAGAAACAGCAUUGAGAACAUUAUCUGCCUAGUUGCUGGAAAUCCUAGGUGUGACUUCACUACCAAGAGAUCCUGAUGUUGUGUGAUCAUUGAGCAGUGUUUGCAAGAAUGGAAAAGCAAAGGACCUCACUGGCUGCAUCUCAUCAAUAAAAAUUCCCAAGAUUCAGCUAAAUUGAAAAAUUAUUCCAGCCAUGGGAGAAAAUGCAAGUUUUUGGGAAAGUUUGAUAUAUGCACAUCCUACAUGUACCACCUGGAAGCAAGAGGCAGAGGGAUCUAUUUACCACCUAGCCAGCAUUCUCUUUGUUGUGGGCUUCAUGGGUGGAAGUGGAUUCUUUGGGCUUCUCUAUGUCUUCAGCUUGCUUGGACUGGGCUUUCUCUGCUCUUCUGUUUGGGCUUGGCUGGAUGUCUGUGCUGCUGACAUAUUCUCCUGGAAUUUUGUCCUGUUUGCCAUAUGCUUCGUGCAGUUCAUUUACGUUACCUACCAAGUUCGGAGCGUUGCCUUUGACAGAGAAUUCCAGGAACUCUACAGUGCUCUCUUCCAGCCUCUGGGAAUUUCCUUGACUGUGUACAGGAAGAUUGUCUUGUGCUGCGAUGCAGAAGUGAUUACCCUGGAGAAGGAACAUUGUUACGCCAUGCAGGGCAAAACACCAAUUGAUAAACUGUCCUUGCUUGUGUCAGGCAGGAUCAGAGUGACAGUUGAUGGGGAGUUUCUGCAUUAUAUUUUUCCUCUUCAAUUUCUGGACUCUCCUGAAUGGGAUUCACUGAGGCCAACAGAAGAGGGAAUUUUCCAGGUGACGCUCACAGCCGAGACGGAUUGCCGGUACGUGGCCUGGAGGAGGAAGAAGCUCUACCUGCUGUUCGCUAAGCACCGCUUCAUCUCCCGCCUGUUCUCCAUUCUAAUUGGGAGCGACAUUGCUGAAAAACUGUACGCCCUGAACGACCGGUGCACGUGGGGCAGGGCUUUAGGAGUCUCCAAGAUGAAUGCUACAGCAAUGAGCCCACUCACUGUUACUCCACUCGGUUUUGUUCCAGACUUAAAAAAUGCCACCCUUGAUCCUCUCAAUGAGACUGCAUGUGAAAACUGGAAAGAGAUUCAUCAUCUUGUUUUCCAUGUGGCAAAUAUUUGCUUUGCAGUUGGACUGGUUAUUCCAACUACUUUGAAUCUUCACAUGAUUCUUCUGCGAGGCCUGCUCACCAUAGGAUGUGCAUUAUUCAUCAUUUGGGCYACACUCUAUCGUUGUGCCUUGGACAUAAUGAUCUGGAAUGCUGUGUUUUUGGUUGUCAACCUUUUACAUUUCAUAUACCUGGUGUAUAAAAGAAGACCGAUCAAGAUAGAGAAGGAGCUUAGCAGCCUCUACAAGAGAAUGUUUGAACCUCUCCAUGUGCCUCCAGAGCUCUUCCAAAGACUAACUGGACAAUUCUGCAACAUUCAGACUUUAAAGACAGGUCAAGCCUAUGCAGCAGAAGAUAAAACAUCAGUUGAUGAUAGGCUAAGCAUCCUGCUGAAGGGGAAAAUGAAGGUGUCUUAUCGAGGACAUUUUCUGCAUAAUAUUUACCCCUGUGCCUUUAUAGAUUCUCCUGAAUUUCGAUCAACGCAGAUGAACCGGGGUGAGAAAUUCCAGGUCACCAUUAUUGCAGAUGAUAACUGCAAGUUCCUGUGCUGGUCCAGGGAAAGGCUGACUUACUUUCUGGAGUCUGAGCCAUUUCUUUAUGAGAUCUUUAAAUACCUUAUUGGCAAAGAUAUUACAAAUAAACUUUAUUCAUUGAAUGACCCAACUUUAAAUGACAAGGCUUCAAAGAAGAUUGAUCGUCAGCCCAGCCUUUGCUCUCAGCUCUCUGUGAUGCAGAUGAGGAACAGUAUGGCCAGUACCAGUGACAGCGAGGAUGGCUUGCAGAUGUUUCUUCGUGGGACUUCCUCUGCAUCCUCUCUUCUGACAGGUCCAGCAGAACGCCUUCCCUAGCUGCCUCACCGAUCRCUUGUGCGAAGAAAUUGUCUGCUGCGUUCCAGAAAUCUCCUGGACUACCUGCUUCCAACCCUAUUGCCUUUCCACCAGAUCCUGGGGUGGUUAAAAUUCCCCACAAAUACCAAGGCCUGUGAUCCAGUUGUUGAAAGAAGGUUUCCUUCUGCUUGCCCUUCUUGAUCAGGCACCCUGGAUCAGAUUCCUGCCACGAAGUCUCCUGUGUUGGUCUGUUCUCUGAUCUUUGCCUUUAACCCCCGAGUGGCUUUUCACCUGUUCCACACACAGCAAAGCUCCGUGGAACUGAGGCUGCUCCUUUGCAUAGAGAGCCUUGGGGUGAAUUUGUACACUUGGAAAGAAAUUGUCAAACUGUGUUUGUGCCAUUAGUUAGAAUUAAAAUAUCUCUUUCAGGCUUAACAGCAAAAUUCUUACACCAGUAUUUCAGCUUUGGAAGAAAAUAAUUGAAAUGCAUGACAAGUUCAGCUGUAAUUAUGUAAAUCCCCAAGAUGCAUUUAUGCUUAGCACAUACUUGAUAAAUACACUUUUCUCUGUUGUACUUUUCCUUGGUUUAUGAACUUCUUUUUGUUUUUGUACACAGGGUGUGCUUUCCCUGAAAGAGAGAGGUUUAUGUGUCUUUUAUGUUCUGAAAUUCCUCAGCCCAGCUGAGGCAGCAGCCUCCCAAGURCUUUCCCUUGCUUUUGGGGAGGCAGAGGGAUUGUCACUACACAAGUGCAACAUAAGCCUCAGGAAAUAGUUAUUUAUUUCUCUUUGCAUUUUGAUUGUGACAYUUCUGACUCCUGUAAAAGGUUUAUUUAUCUGCUCGAACUGCAUUGCUUCAAUCCUUGUUUUUGCCAAGAUUGCUUGUUAGUUAUUCCUGCGUGCUGUCAUUGCCAAUGAUGGCGUCACUACCAAGGUGAGCUCUGCUUAAAGAUUUGUAUUCAAUGUGGAUUGUGGCCAUGUAUGCACUUCUUUUCUGAUCACAGGAAAAACAGAACAAAAAAUCUGUCAUUCAUGUUACCACUGCUGUGUUUUCAAAAAACUUCUCCUGGGUGCUCUCAGUGCAGCAGUCAGGGUAUUUUUAUCUGGGAUUUUUUUUUUAAGAUUUAGUAUGAAGCGCGUGGUGAGGUUUAAAGAUCCGGUGCUGUUCCCUGGAGCCUCCUUCUACAGGCAUACAUUUGUUUAUU